UUUGGAACCCAGCACCGGUGUCCCCCCGUGAAAUCCCGGUGCUCUUUGUAGUACCCGUCAAGGCGUCAAUGAAAGCCAUGUUAAGAGCCCACGCUCUUGCUGACUCAUCGAGGCAUGAGUCCCCUGCGCUCUUCCCACACAUUUACAGCUGAUACCCGGCCCGGAAAUGGUCCUUCGGCGGCAACCAUUCAAUACUAAUGUCCGGCCAACUGUAUUUUCCGUCUCGGCGGCGCGGCGGCGCGGCGGUGCUCCUAUCGAAUCGGCCGUCCUAUUGUGACCGCACCGUAUACCAACUCGACCACACCGUCCCUACAAACAAAGGUACCGACGGGAACAUGAUGACUCAGAAUCGCAGCUGCUGGCAGCGUCAUCAGUAAAGGAUAGCUUUACCCAUAUUAGAUGAAGCAAGUGUGGUGGAGUCUUCAACAGUUUCGCCACAUUUUGAAGACAUGCAUAGCCGAGAGGGACCUUUGGACUGGCAAGUCCCUCCACACAAUGUACAUCAAAUCCCUCCUUAUCCCGCCCUCUACCUACAUGUCCAACCACUUCAUCCUCCUCUACUCCAAAUGCGGCCGCCUCUCCAAUGCCCGCAAGGCAUUUGACUCUACCCCGUCUCCCAAUGUCUUUACCUACAAUGCCAUAGUAGCUGCGUACGCGAAAGAAGGCCAGCCGCACACCGCACACUACCUGUUUGAUCAAAUUCCCCAACCGGACCUUGUCUCUUAUAACACCCUCAUUUCUGCCUACGCUGAUCGUGGGGACACCUUACCUGCUCUUGAACUAUUUCUGGGUUUGAGAAGAACGGGGCUGGACAUCGACGCCUUUACAUUGUCAGGAGCCAUCACAGCUUCUUGUGAUGAUAAGAUAUUGAUUCUUCAGCUUCAUUCUUUUGCUGUUUCAGGCGGGUUUGAUGCAUUUGUUUCUGUAAAUAACACUCUUCUAACAUGUUACGGUAAAAACGGGCAUUUAGAUUAUGCCAAGAAAGUUUUUGAAGCAAUGGGAGAGAUUAAAGACGGGGUCUCCUGGAAUUCGAUGAUUGUUGCUUAUGGGCAACAUAAAGUAGGGUCCAAGGCGCUAUCUUUGUAUCAAGAAAUGAUGAGCUUGGAGUUAAAAGAGGACAUGUUUACAUUAGCGAGUGUCUUAACUGCUUUUACAUCCAUGGAGGACUUUCUUGGGGGCCUUCAGUUUCACGCUCGCCUGAUCAAGAUGGGGUUUCACCUGAAUACUCAUGUUGGUAGUGGCUUGAUUGAUCUUUACUCGAAAUGCAGCAAAGAUGGUAUCCCGUAUUGCAAAAAAGUAUUUCAAGAAAUCCCCAAUCCAGACUUAAUCCUUUGGAACACCAUGAUAUCUGGUUGUUCCCUCUUCGAUGACUUUUCUGAAGAGGCUGUUGCUUACUUUAGGCAAAUGCAGCGUGUGGGCCACCAACCCGAUGAAUGCAGUUUUGUUUGUGUGAUCAGUGCAUGUUCUAAUCUUUCCUUGCAAGGGAAACAGGUUCACUCUUUAACAAUCAAAUCAUACAUCCCAGCAACCAGAACCCUCACUGUCAGUAAUGCUCUUAUCACAAUGUAUUCCAAGUGUGGUAAUCUACAAGAUGCCAUUAAAGUAUUUGACAGAAUGCCCGAGCACAACAGUGUGUCCUUCAAUUCCAUGAUCGCAGGCUAUGCUCAGCAUGGGCAUGCCAUGGAAUCCCUCAUACUCUUUGAGCAGAUGCUUGGAGGGAAUAAUAAUAGUGACGUGGGGCCCACAAGUAUAACAUUCAUUUCGGUCCUGUCUGCAUGUGCACACACUGGAAGAGUAGAGGAGGGUAAGAAGUAUUUUAGUAUGAUGACUGAGGAAUUAAGAAUCAAACCAGAAGGAGAGCAUUACUUAUGCAUGAUUGACCUUUUGGGACGAGCUGGAAAUCUAGAAGAGGCAGAGAGUCUUAUAGAGAGCAUGCCAUACAAUCCUGGGGCUAUCGGGUGGGGAACAUUGCUUAGAUCUUGUAGAGUCCAUGGAAACACAGAGCUAGCAAUGAAAGCAGCCGAACACUGUCUUGAGCUGGACCCCAUGAAUGCAGCUCCAUACGUCAUGCUUGCAAAUAUCCAUGCCGGUGCUGGAAGAUGGGAAGAAGUAGCGGCCAUAAGAAAACAAAUGCGUGACAAAGGGGUUAAAAAGAAACCGGGUCGUAGUUGGAUAGAGGUGGACAAGAGGGUACACAUUUUCGUAGCGCAAGAUCAUUCUCAUCCGAUGAUAAAGGAGAUAUAUGUCUUUUGGGAAGAGAUGUCAGAAAAGUUGAAGCAAGCAGGGUAUGUGGCAGAUUUGAAGUGGGUCCUCAUUAGAGAUGAAUACGGGGGCAUUCAUGAGGAAGAGAAGGAGAGAAGCCUGAGGCAUCACAGUGAGAAGCUGGCUGUUGCUUUUGGGCUCUUAUCAACAAAAGAAGGGAUGCCUCUACUUGUUCUUAAAAACUUGAGGAUAUGCGGUGACUGUCACAAUGCUAUCAAAUUUAUUACUGUCAUAACUGGACGUGAGAUUACAGUGAGGGAUUGCCACAGGUUUCACUGUUUUAAGGGUGGCAUAUGUUCUUGUGGGGAUUUCUGGUGAUAGAUUUCGCUACAAAUUUCUGGCAAACAUCUGUUCCGGAUAUGUUCAAACUGGAUUUUAUCUUGGAUAUAUAUAUAUACUCAUGUCUGAAGAUGUUGCUAAAAAUGUAUUGUCAUGACGGUUUAACAAAAAUUUGACUCCGGAUGUACAAAGAGAAAGAGCAAGUUGAGAAGACAUUUAGUUAUAAAAUCACCUUCCGGCUCUAUGGAUCGGUAUGUCAAGAUAAAUCCUUCCUUACAAUUCUCUUAAGUUUUUUUACAUUUACUUUUAUUUCAUAGCCUUUAUAUAAUACUAGUAUAUAACAUAAACAUUUAAAUAAAAUGGGGUUGAACAAAUAUGUAAAAUUGAUGAUGAUGAUGAUGGGGACACGGGGUUGAACAAAUAUGUAAAAUUGAUUUAAUGAGUUUGAUACUUUGCUGAACAUUUUUAGUUUCCCCCACCUAUUUUUUCUUCAAAAUAUCCACUGUUUCUUUUUUCUUCUCUAUUUUCUAUCCCUAAUUUUUACAGAGUUCAACCAUAAGGAAAUAAAUCCUGGAAACAAUUGGUUUUUUAUUCUUUCCACACGUGGGAUCUAUUCUUCAUAUUGGUAGGCAACAAAAAAUGUUUUUUUCAGCACUAUUAUAACAUUAAAGCCGACCCCAAUAUGUUUUGGGACUAAGACUUGGAUGUUGUUGUUGUAUUAUAACAUUAUUAUAGCAAUUUGAUAAGAACAGAAAAAAUAAAAUCAACGGUAUGAACCGUUGCCCGAUAAUCAACGAUAAAUAAAUACCGUUGCCUAAAGCCAAAAGGCUAAACCAACUUUUAUCCCCCGAUCCUCAAGAAUGAAGCAUACAAGGGGUAUAAAUAACCCUCUAGGUCUAAUAAGAAUAGGAAUCCUAAAUAAAUUAAUCUAGGAAACUAAAUAGAAUAGGAAACCUCUAGUUCUAAUAGAACUCCUAAUUAAAUCAUUCUAGGAAACUAAAUAGAAAUAGGAAACCUCUAAUUCUAAUAAGAAUAGAAGUCCUAAAUAAAUCCUACUAGGAAACAAAUUAAAUUAGGAAACAAAAUAAAAGGAAUAAUAAAUAUUAAUUAAACAGCCCGCAAAUAGCCCACGAAGGUGGGCUCAAGCCCGUCCAGCCUUCGGUAAACCCACGGGGGCUUCUGCCCCUCUUCUUCCAAGCCCAGAUUCUGCUUCAUAUCACAAUUCUUGGCUUCUUGCAAAUAAAGUGAAAGACACUACUCCAGGGUGCCAGCGUUGAUGUUUUGCCAUAUAUCUAGUCAAGAGUAAAAUGAUGCUGCACAAACAACACAAACACCGUGUGGGUUCAAUGUUUGGAGAGAAAGUUGCUGCUCAGGAAGCUGAAAUGGGGAUUAUGGAGCUCCUUGAGGGAAGGUCUUGAGGUCUUCUAUCCGUUCACCAUAAAUAUAUACAAAUAUCUAUUCCUGUUUAUAUGAAUAUAUAUGAAUACAACGUAUUCCUGUUUAGUACAAUUUUCCCUUGCAAUCCAUCAGAGUCACUAUGCAUAUUUUUUACAUAUUAAGUUCAUAAAUUGUUAUUAUAGAGUUAUAUAUAUAUAUAUAUUACUAAUAUUAAAGUGGUUUACAAAAAAGUGACCAGCAUUACCGAACACGUACGAUGGGUAGCGAGUAAUUUAGGGAAAAGACCUAGUUGCCCUAAAAUUCUAAAACGGUUACUUUCUAACUUAAUCUUAGAAAAUAUAAGACGGUGACUCCUUUGUUUAUAAAUUACUUCACAUUAAUUGAAUAAGAUGUAAUUUUGACUAUUUGAUUCAUUUUGGGUUUCCGAUGGUGAGUUUGAACCAGCCGAAGUAGAUAAUAAUGAUUAAUGAUAGUGUAGUAAUGAUUUGAUAGUUACUUCAAGCAACUCGGGGUGAUAAAUGAAUAGAAAGCAUGUUUUGGGUUUGCGGUUGUACAUGACUUUGAAUUUGAGUAAUGAUGUUUGAGUAAUGAUACGGUAGGAUUCCCAGUAACUUAGGACGAGC